GACAAAGUUAACUAGCACAUCAAACAGGGGUUUAAGCUUUGUUUUAUUUGAUAUUGAGAAUUAAAUAAGAAUUUGAGAACUUAAUAUCAAACAGCUAAGAGUACAUAUUCCUAAUGAGUAAUCCAAAUAGUGUGCCUCACCUCGAUCGCGAGUUAGAUUUAUCAAAUACAGGUCGUGGUGUCUGGCUUGUUAAAGUACCAAAAUAUAUCGCUAACAAAUGGGAUAAGGCGCCGGGCGACAUAGAAGUGGGAAAAUUAAAGAUAUCACGUAUUCCUGGACAAAAAGCCCAAGUUCAGCUGUCCUUAUCAGAGGGAGUUUUAUGUCUUAAAGAUCCUGGAGAACAAACUAUACCAAAGGAACAUCGUCUUGACGUGUCCAACGUGACAAGACAAUCCUUAGGGGUGUUCUCUCAUGCAGUCCCUAAUACUGAUGCUGUUGUACCUGAGUCUGAGAAACUUUAUAUGGAAGGUAGAAUAGUACAGAAAUUAGAAUGUAGGCCAUAUGCUGACUCUAUUUACUAUAAAUUAAAAUCAGAAUCCAUAAGGAAAGCUUCUAUGCCACAAAGGCAAGUGCAACAAUUAGAAAGAAUAGUACAGAACUUUAAACCUAUAUCAGAUCAUAAACAUAAUAUUGAAUAUCAAGAGAAAAAGAAAGCAGAGGGUAAAAAGGCUCGUGAUGACAAAGAGGCAGUCCUCAAUGUUCUCUUUGCAGCAUUUGAAAAACAUCAGUAUUAUAACAUUAAGGAUCUUCAAAAGAUUACGAGACAACCAAUUGUGUAUUUAAAAGAGAUUUUGAAGGAAGUAUGUAAUUAUAAUUUGAAAAACCCACAUAAAAAUAUGUGGGAAUUGAAGCCAGAGUACAGACAUUACAAACAGGAAGUUCCUGUAGAACAAAAGGAAGAAAAAAGUCAGAGUUCUGAUAGUGACUGAAUGACAUUACACAAAUAGACUUUGUAGACAUUUUGUCUAUAUACAAAUAAUAAUUAAUAUUAAUAAGAAAUAAAUGUUAGGCAGUACAUUUUGAUGAAGACUGUUUUAAAUAAAAACAAUUUAUAAAUUCAUAA